AUGGAGCGACUGGGGUUUUCAGUCGACGGCAUGCUUGUCGACGCGUUGAAGCAGCGUCGAGUCUGGGAUAUGGCCGAAGCGGGAGAUGCUGACCAGACGUCGGCAAACGUGAAGCGGCUGCAAGAGGCGUUCCAGGAAGAUCCCGAAGACGCAUUGUACGCCGAGGACGUGACGUGUUCCACUCCCGCAAUGGAGAAGCCCGCCGACCAAGACUGCGAGAUAAAGCGCAUUCUCAACGGCAAGAUUGCCGAAGCCAUCCAGCUUGGACUCUCCCCUGCGCAUGAAAGCGAACUCCGGCGUAUUUUGGGUGAUCACACCGAUGUCUUUCGCCUGGAGUUUGGGCAAGCCUUGCCGGUGGAUGUCGAGCCGUUGAAAGUACGGUUGAAGGAAGGAGCGGUGCCCGUGAAGUGUGCGUUGCGCCGGUACCCGCCGGCCCACAUGGAGUAUUUGAAACAGCAUGUGGAAGAGCUCGAGGCCGCAGGCCUCGUCAACCACAAUAACCGUGAGACAUGGGCGGCAGCGCCGCGGAUUGUCGCCAAGAAAGCCCCGGGCGAAUAUCGAAUGACCAUCGACUCUCGCCCGAUGGAGGUCCCCAUGCCGUGGCCGAUGCCGAAUCUGGACGCUGCGAUGGCGACUUUGGUCGGCAUGAACGUGUUUUUCACGUUGGCAGUUGCCACUGUACCCAUCCUGUUAGAUGUGACGGACGCCGUGGCCUAUUGCCAGUCCGUGGUGAACCAAAUGUUCGGCGAACUGUUGUACGCCGGGGUGCUGGGUUGGUUGGACGAUCUCCUGGGGUACGCAGACAGCUCGGACAAGCUGUUUGUGUUGUUGGACAAGGUGCUGUCCAAUUGCGGAAAGUUCCGCCUCAAGCUACAUCCGAAGAAGUGCGAUUUCUUCUUGAAGAAAGCCACGUGGUGCGGAAAAGUGAUUUCCGCCGAAGGGAUCUCCCAUUCCCCUGAUCGAGUUCAGGGCCUGUGUGCACUGGAGACGUCAACGUCUGGCGCCGAUCUGCAACAAUUUGUCUGCGCGACAAAUUGGAUGCGGAGCUCCAUCCCAAGCUACUCGGAGCUGAUUGGUCCUGCGGAGCCUGUUGGACGUGGCGGCGAAGGCCGCUCGGGGAAGCCAACGUAUGGGCGGACCUGCUCAGCCGGUGGGAAGGCAGCCUGGAAAGCUGCCGGCGAGGACGUCCCCAAUGUGACAUGGAGCGUCAGCGACGGGUAUUACGUGACCGCCACUGGAAAAAUUUGGAUCCCCGAGGCCGCAGUGGACCUGCAGCAGCGGAUCUGCAUCAUAGCCCACCAAGGCGCGGCGGGUCACCGCGGAGUGGGCGUGACAACCCAAGGCGUACUCGAGCGGUUUGAGUGGCGAACCGCAAAGGAAGAUCUGAACGCCUUUGUGGGCAGUUGCUUACACUGCCUGUGUGUCGACGGCACGAUGGUGCCGAGACCCUGGGGCGCUGCCCUGCAUGCGGAGCGCCCAAAUGAGCUCAUCCACUUCGAUUGGCUCCAACUGCCGCCAGCCGCGAAUGGCUGGAAAUAUGUGCUUGUCGUCAAGGACGACAAGCACAAGCACAUGAGUGGGUUUUGUCGUCUGUUCCCUUCGGCAACGGCCGACGCGGAAAGCACAGCAAACGCCCUGAUGAUUGGUUUGCGACACAUGGCAAAGGAAGUCGUGGGCAAGAUCAAGAGGAUGAUCGGUGCCCAUCACCAGACCACAACGCCGUACACGCCGUGGGCGAACGGCACAGUGGAAGUCGUUAAUCGACUUAUCCUGCGAGGGUUGAAGACCCUGACCAGCGAAAUGAAGCUUCGUCCGGACGAAGGGCACCGUGUGUUGGCCCUGGUACAGAGCGCGUUGAACCACCAGCCGGCGGACCGUCUCGGCGGUGUGGCUCCAGUGACCGCGUUUCAAGGCUUUCCGUCUACAACGCCUUUAGCUGGGUUGGUACACCCAAGGACCAAGAAAGUACUCACGGUGGACUGGCCCUCGAAAGCGCGUCAAAAGCACAUGAACGUGCUGCGACAAGCCAUGGAAAAUAUGCACCGCGACGUAGCGGCUCGAAGAGAGAAGUUGCCGCAGCAGGCGCGAGGUCGCCGCGAGAAAAAAGCGCACGUGUGCUUAGCGAAUUUUGCGCUGGGCGAUUUUGUGCUGUUGGGAAAGAUCAUCAAGUUCCCCAACAAGUUGGCACUCAACUGGAAAGGUCCGUACCGCCUAUCGCGGCUCGUGGAGCCGUUUGGGACGUCGGUCCACCAUGCCAGCAGGCUGAAGUUUUUCAGCGGUGCUGCAUUGAACGUUACCGAUGACCUGGUGGACUACGCCGCGUUUGGCGAUGAAGGUUAUUUUGUUCAAGAACUUCUGGGCGCUCGCCGUAGCGCCGACGGACAAUUCGAAGUGCGCGUCAAGUGGAAGGGCCUCGACGAAGAAGAAGCUCCGUGGGAGCCAGCCCUCCAACUCUAUGAAGAUAUUGCGGUCGUCCUGCGCCGCUGGAUCGUGAAGAAUGCCAGCGACGGCGUCGUCAAGGAAAUGCGCGACGACUUAGAGGCGACCCUUGGCCAUUCACUGUAG